ACUAAAUUCAACAAACCGAAAGUCUCUCGUUGGCUGGAAGAAAAAAGGGUAGGUGGUAGUUUUCAUAGAAGAAUAUUCACAUUGUAUUCGGGUUCAUCAUCACUGUGCUCGUUGUUUGACCUGGGGUAAUGGCAUUUAAACAGCUCCUCCAACAGCUUCUCCGAUGGACAGUCCACACAACAUCCAAAUCUGCCAAUUCUCGUUAUUGUAUCCUAUUCACUUUUAUCAUUGCUCAGUAAUAUCUUUAUCUCCAAUAAAAGCUCUCGCUUUCGGUGUUGCAAUUGCUGCAAGUCAACCUCGUUGCACGUGAUUUCCGGCCUGUGGUAUGGUUGUUUAUAAGGGAGUUUCUUUCAGCUUUGAGUCUGGAUUUGUGCCAGAUCAUUAAGAUAAUACAUUCUUUGCAGUACCAGAUAUCGUCUUAUAGCUCGCAAUGCCCAACGCCAAACUUUUCUCGUUUUCUGAUCCUUCAAUUGCUCUUGGUGAAUAUAUUUUAUCUAUUCAAAAUGCAGUUUUAGCAACUGGAAAACCCCAUUUUACCGUUGCUGUCUCUGGUGGCUCUUUACCAAAAUCCUUGAAAAAGGCUAUAAUUGACAACAAAACCAUUGCUUCUCAAAUCCAAUGGCCAAAAUGGAAAAUAUACUUUGCUGAUGAAAGAGUUGUUCCUUUGAAUCAUGAAGACUCCAAUUAUGGUUUAAUUGAUACUUACAUCUUAAAGGAAUUGAUUAAAAAACAAGUUCUUGGUCCUGAGGUCUUUGCAAUUAACGAAAAUUUGGUCAAUGACCCAUUAAAAAUUGAUGAUAUUGCAUUAGAAUACGAGUCCUUAUUACCUGAAGAUAAAGAGUUUGAUUUGGUUUUGCUAGGCAGUGGUCCUGAUGGACACACUUGCUCUUUAUUCCCAAACCACCCAUUAUUAAAGGUUACUGACAAAUUCAUUGUUUCAAUCACCGAUAGUCCAAAGCCUCCACCAAGAAGAAUUACCUUUACUUUUCCACUUCUAGCCAACUCUAGUUAUAUUGCUUUUGUUGCUGAAGGUUCAAAUAAAACUGAAAUUUUAUCUAAGAUUUUUGCUAAGGAAAACCAUGGCUUGCCAACGGAAAUAGUUAAUGCCUUGCAAAAACCUAAUGUAUCUUGGUUUAUUAAUGAUGCUGCAGGAAAUGGUUUGCCCGAAGAAUAUUUCUCAAAAUAUAAUUAAUUAAUUACUUUGAUUCUUUAUAGUUUGUUCUUUUUACAUUUUUAUUUUUUUCCUUUUCUUUUUCUUACUUUUUUCAAAAAGCAAGAAAUAUCUAUUUUUGAUUAAAAUUUUUAUUAUUUAAAAUCAUACAUAUUUUUUCCUUUUAAAAAAUCAAAUUAUAGUUAUAAUCAUUCAAAUUAUCUAUCUAUUGGAUCAAUCCGUAGUAAUUCUAUCGAUUCUACCUUCAAGGGCCUUUACCCAUGAUUCUAUUUCUUUUUUAUUUUUAAUGAAAGUUUCCUCCUCUUUAAC